ACGGAGUCGGACCGGAAGCGCACAGCUACAACACAUCAGUGUCUGCCUCCCGAGACGUCUUCAUUUUUUGUCUGUUAUUUCAUUAGUAGAAUAUUAUAAAACAAGACCGUUUAUUUGAAAAUUGUGGCAAACACGAUGGUCCGUUUAAAGUAGCAUUUUAAGACGGAAUUCAUGAAGAAGAUAACAUCCUGCUCUGACAAUGAGGAGGCUUAACAGAAAGAAAGCCCUGAACUUUGUGAAGGAACUAGAUGCUUUUCCCAAGGUUCCUGAGAGUUAUGUGGAGACAACAGCUAGUGGAGGAACAGUGUCCGUGUUGGCCUUCACAGCCAUGGCUCUCCUUGCCUUCUUUGAGUUCUUUGUGUAUCGGGACACAUGGAUGAAGUAUGAGUAUGAAGUGGAUAAGGAUUUUACCAGUAAACUAAGAAUUAAUAUAGAUAUCACAGUGGCCAUGAGGUGUCAAUUUGUUGGGGCAGAUGUAUUAGAUCUGGCUGAGACAAUGGUAGCAUCUGAUGGCCUGCAGUAUGAACCUGUUGUUUUUGACCUUUCUCCCCAGCAAAGGCUCUGGCACAGGACACUUUUGCUCAUUCAGAGCCGUCUUCGUGAAGAACAUUCACUCCAAGACAUUCUUUUCAAGAAUGUUAUGAAAGGUGCCCCCACUGCUCUCCCACCCAGGGAAGAUGACCCCACCCAGCCUCUAAAUUCCUGCAGAAUACAUGGACAUCUAUAUGUUAAUAAAGUAGCAGGAAAUUUCCACAUCACUGUGGGCAAGGCUAUCCCUCACCCUCGAGGUCACGCUCAUCUUGCGGCCCUGGUCAGCCAUGAAACAUACAACUUCUCCCAUCGUAUAGACCAUUUGUCAUUCGGAGAGGAAAUACCAGGCAUUCUGAAUCUACUGGAUGGCACCGAAAAAGUGUCCACAGAUCAUAAUCAGAUGUUCCAGUACUUUAUUACCAUUGUGCCAACAAAACUGGAGACAUACAAGCUGUCAGCAGAUACACAUCAAUAUUCAGUCACUGAGCGGGAGCGAGUGAUAAACCACGCAGCAGGAAGUCAUGGUGUGUCUGGGAUUUUUAUGAAGUAUGACAUCAGCUCAUUGAUGGUGAAGGUGACUGAACAGCACAUGCCGCUGUGGCAGUUCCUCGUGCGACUCUGUGGUAUAAUAGGGGGAAUUUUCUCGACAACAGGAUUGUUGCAUAGUCUGGUUGGCUUCUGUGUAGAUGUCGUCUGCUGUCGUUUUAAACUGGGGGUUUACAAACCAAAUAGAAUGAAUCUUCUCGAUGGCCAUGUGAACAGCUUAACACCACUUCUUUCUGAGAACAGUGAACACUAGCUGGGCUCUCUUUGCCAUGUUUAAAAAAUCAUUUUAGUCACUCUUCAAUUAAAAACACAUGUAAAUCCUCAUUCUACACAAGACAUCAAGGUACUUUAAGUUUGCCAGUCCAUUGUCAUUUGUAGUACAAAUUUUAUUUCUUUUUUAAUUACAUUAGUGGUUUAAUUUAAUGUCAAUUACAAAAAAGCAGUCAUGUUGAGAAAAAUAAAUUGUAUUUUAGAGGAUAAAAUACAGUGUCAUUGAGCAUCUAAAUACCUUAUAAGCCUUUUUUUUAAAUUAUUAUAUCACUUGUGAAGGCAGCUUUUUUCCUCUGAAGAUGAAAUGUUUGUAAACUAGCAUAACAUCAUCUUCAUUGACCUCCUUUAAAAGCAUCUAAAUAUUGUACUGUUUAGGCUUGUCUGAGUGCAGUACGGUGCGGUUUUAUUACAACUUUUAUUCAAAGACACAUCCAUUCAUUACAGUAUUAGGAUUUGGUUGGGAAUUUUGUCUUGUUCUGGCUGUCUAAUAUGCCAACCAGAGCCAAGAUCUUAUUUUUCCUAUGUGUUUUAAGGAGACCACUCUCAAUAUUAUUGAUAUUAUGAGGAUGAGCCAAUAACGGUCCUUGUGUUAGAAUAAAAGUGUGAUUCUGUUCGAUUAUAUGAGUAAUUUGCCCAUUUUACUAACUAGGGGGAUUGGUGUGGGAUAAUUCCUUUUAAGCACAUUUAUUGAUGUUUAUAUUUCCUGAUGCAAAACAUCCUUUUAGACCUUUUAAACAUUUCACACAUUAUUUAUUUUUUUGCCUGGUUAUAGAGCCCUGCUAGUCGGUAAUAAACAGAAACUUAUACCAAAGCCACUUCAAGUUCCAUGAAGUGAAUCUAGUUAAUCCAGUGUGAAAAUUGAAAUUGCAAUCCAGUAUCUGCAAAAACAAAACUGGCUGCAUUAAAAUCGGUAGGUUUGGCUACUUAGAAAUUCAGUGACUUUAUAUUAUAUUAUAAACACAAUAUAUGUACAAACAAUAAUUUGCGUUGGUUAUACUAGAAGAAAAAUGGUCCCUUUUAAAGGGCUAGUUCACCCAAAAAUUAAAGUUCUCUUAUCAUGUAUUCACUUUAAUGUCAUCCCAGAUGUGACUUUCAUUCUUCUGCUGAACACAAACGAGGAUUUUUAGAAAUGAUCUCAGCUCUAUAGGUCCAUUCAAUGCAAGUGAAUGGUGACCAGAACUUUGAAGGUUAAAAAGUCCUUGUUUUUACUAUAAAUCUCCACUUUCAAUUCCACAUUAUUCUUUUGUUUUUGAGGGUUCACAUUCUUUGUGCAUAUCGCCACAUACUGGGCACAGCAUUUAUAGUAAAAAAAAAAUGACUUCAGUAUUGAUCGGUUUCUCACCCACACCUAUCAUAUCACUAUUGAAGAUAUGUGUUUAACCACUGAAGUCAUAUGGAUUACUUGUAUAUUCCUUUAUGUGCUUUUUGGACCUUCAAACUUCACCAUUCACAUGCUUUGUGAGCAUCUACAGAACUGAAAUAUUCUUCUAAAUAGGUCUGUGUUCAACAGAAGAAAGUCAUAUGAGUGUGAGUAAAUGAUGAAACAAUUUACAUUUUGGGGUAAACUGUCACUUUAAAGGUGCACACAGUAAUUUUUUUCUCAUUAAAAAAGUUUAA